UUUACAUAAGUCUUAGUUAACAACAACCAUGAUGAAUUUUUUUUUACACAAAUGCCAUCAAUAAAUAAAAGGUUAUCCCUUAGUGGGAUCAUUGUAAAAUUAUGGCAGUGUUGGAUUUCAAUAGGGGUUUUAAUUACAAAAAUUAAUAAGUAUCUCUUGUCAAUUUAGAUAUAAAGGUAACAAUUAAUUUUCUUUGCAGAGAGAAGAGAACUUUGAGUGGAAGGUAGCCAUGCAGCGUCAGAUGUUAGAACAACAGGAACGCCAGCAGCACAUGCAGCAAGGGAAUGUUGGCCCAGGUGGGCCCAUCCCUCAAGAUGAAGAUCUUAUGAUGAAAGUUCGUCAUCAGCAGCAAAUGUUAGACAUGGAAAAACAAAGAGAGGCCCAACAGAAGGUGACUAAGUAUUUAGUUGAAACAUUUUUUAAAAAGGUGAAAUAUCUGUAUUUGUUGUCUUAAUUCCUUUGAUUAUUUAAUAUCUCUAUGUUUGUGUUCUAGUUGAUGGAACAGCAGCAGAUAGCGUUAAUGGAGGCUCAUCAAAUGGGGGAGCAACAAAGAAUGCUUGCUGCAAGUCAAGGUACAUAUGUCUGUUAUUAAAUAUGCCAUUUAAUUUUAAAGAUAUCACUUAUCAUGAAUUUGUGACACAUAAGUUUACCAAUGAUAUUAAUGUAUUAUAAUUAAUUUAUAUAUGGCUUAUAUAAAUGAGUUUUAUUUGUCAACAACUGAAGUUGUUCGCAUAGUAUUUAUUUCUAUUUGUGGUGUUAUUGAAUAAUUGAUCACGUUUUUUCAUUUGCAGUAAAUUAUACAUCUAUAUUAAAAGACAAAAAAUAAUUUCCUGAAUUUUUAAAAUGUAAAGCAUACAUUAUCUAUCCAAGUAGUGUAUUUUAAGCAGAAAAACUUAAAACUACCUCCAUUUCCAAUACAGGCCAUCCUAUGGCUCCUGCAGGAAUGCCGCCCGCUGCUCCCAUUAGAAGUUCAGGUGUUAGUAUGGUGACACCAAGAGGCCCUCCUCCUCACCAAGGUAAGCUUUCAAUUACCACAUUCUCUUCUAAUUUUAUAAUGUUGAUGAAGAAAAGCAUAAAAAAAAUUCUUGUAAAUUUUUGGUUCAGGGAAAAUAAUCUAGUAAAAGAUCUGUUAUGGUAUUCGCUAUCAUUUUAACAAUUUUUGUUGUCAUUCAACAGUUUCAUUACACUAACAUUAACUAAAAAUAUCUCGUCACAGGACCACAUGGUCAGCCACCAAUGCCGCCAACAAUGAUGCAGGGGGGACCACCACCCAUGCCUCCGGUUGGAGGGCCACAAAUGAUGCAAGGUGGGCCACCACCCAUGCCCCCAGUUGGUCCACCACCAAUGUUACAGUCUGGCCCACCCCUUAUGCCCCCAGGUGGAGGACAACCAAUGAUGCAGAGUGGACCACCCCCAAUGUCUCAAGGUGGACCCCAUUUGAUGUCAGGCCCCCCACCACCUAUGCCACAAGGCGGGCCAAACAGUAUUAUGUUACAGGGAGGAGCGAUGGGGAUGGGGGACCAGCAACAAAUGUUGCCGUCUGUCCCUCCUCCACCGAUGCCUCAAGAUAUUGGAGACAGACAAUCCAUGUUCCAAGGUGGUCCCCCUCAGAGACCUCCUCCUGGACUCAUGUCUCUGAACAUGAGACCAGAUAGCAUAAAUCCACCAGUAAGUGGUGAUGGUGGACCACUGAGUCCUAAUGAUGAAGGUGGCCCAAGAUCUGGUGUAACAAGAGGACCAUACAACGGCCCAAGCACUCCAGUUGCCAGCAAGGACUCAAAGUCCCCAGUAAGUCACUAAUAUAGUAUUGAUGUGCCUUCUGUUUGGCUAAAUUCAUCCACUAGCCUAAGACUGUGAACUUACUGUAGGAGUAUUUAAAUUUAUGUUAAAAAUGUUUCUUUUAAUGUUUAUUUAAAAAAAUAAAGGGGGGGGGGGGGCGCUAAUUGGGAGUAACACGAUUUAAGAUAUGUCCUCUUCCUCUUAUUAUAAAAAAAAAUGUUUUUUUUUAUGUUUAUUUAAAAAAAAAAAGGGGGGGGGGGGGCGCUAAUUGGGAGUUACACGAUUUAAGAUAUGUCCUCUUACUCUUAUUAUAAAAAUGAUUCUUUUAGUUAUAUUUAUUAAAAUGACUUCUAUCCUGGUAUUAUAUAUUCCCAGCAAUUAACAAAUUUAACAUUUUAUUUCAAAUUAUUGUAUUUUCAUAGCAAUGCUAUUUAUAUUUAGUUAAGUAUGCUGUCCUAAUUUUUGGUUAAAAAUAUUAAAAUUUCUCCAUAUCUAAUGAUUUUGUUCACCUAAAAUAAAAUUUAAAAAAAGAAAAUAGUAGCUUAGACAUUAGAGACUUUAUAAAAUUUAUUCAUUUUCAUUCAUCUAGGUACAGCCCCCAAAUAACCAAGGUCCUAAAGAAAUGCGUUUACCUCAAGCACUUGAGAAAAUGCUUGAAUUCAAAUCUCAGAGAGCUACUGAACUUGGAGUAGACCUUGACAGUAUGGACAACAAAGAUGGUGAGAUAAUCUAUUUCAGAUAUCCUGUAUGUACAACCAAAAAAUGUCAUAAGCUUAAUUUUUACUUACACUGUUUUUAGCACAGUUCUUUUUUUUUUUUUUUUUUUUUUUUUUUUAUUUUUUUUUUUUUUUUUUUUUUUUUUUUUCUUUUUUUUUUUUUUUUUUUUUUUUUUUUUUUUAAUUUUUUAUUAUUUCAGAUGAAAAAGAAAACAAUGAAAAGAAUGAGGAUGAUAAUGACGAAGAUUAUGAUGAAGAUGAUAGUGAAAACAAGGACAGAAGAAUAGAGGAUGUGGAGGAUGAGGAAGGUGAUGAAGUAAUUGAAACAAAUGAACAGACAAAGGAGGUAAGGACAAAUUUAAAGAUUUAAAAAUUAACUUUAUCAGUCAGAGUGAUAAAAGAGAAAUGACAAACUUACUAAAAAAAAUUUUAAUGCUUUCUCUGCUUAGUCUAAAAACAAGCGCAGGAAGAAAAAGAAGAAGAAAGCCAGGAAAAAUCGCUUUGAGCAACAAAAGAAAACAAAGAAAAAAGAGAAGAAAAGCAAGGCCCCUGAAGUUCAAAUAGAGUAAGAUUUAUUAUUGAUUUUUAAAAAAAAUUUUAUAAGGCAAAGAACAGUGCUACUAUAUUUGUCAUCAGAUAUUGUCAGAUAUACAAUUAUAAAAUGUGAAUGAUCAUAAGUUACACAAGUCACAUGAUGAAUUUUUGUCUUUCAGGUAUGUCCAAGAACAGCUUGAGCUGGACCCUAGUGAUCCAAACUAUCACACGUUUGCUAGAAUUUUCGAAGCAUUCAAGGUAACAAUUCAGAACACUUUAAUUAGAAAGUCAUUUAUUUAUGCAUUACAAAGCUAUCUGACUAAAGAUGUAGGAAUUAAAUCUUAACAUUUAAAGUUUUGUAUUCAUUCAAAUUUUAAAACCUGCUUGCUUGCGAAAAAUUGUUAAUAUUUAUCCUCAUUGCAGAUCACAGAACCAGAAAAAAUAAAAGAAAUUAAACCAGAGGAUAAAAGCGAGGAAAUAAAAAAAGAAGUUCCUAUUAAAGCCAAAGCAUUCAUGGACGAUGAUGAUGAUGACGACGAUGAUGAGGUUUGUUUGCUAAAUUUUAAAGUUUGUAACAUUUUGAGUGUUCGUUUCCUUAUGUCUCGGUUUACAGUAAUUAUUUAAAACCAUACCGUUUUUUAUGAGACCUUUCAAAUAUUUUUGACACACUUCCAUUUUGCUUUCAUACAGGAAAAUUAUUAUUGCUAAACAUUUAAAUUGAUUAUAUUUGUGGAAAAAAAAAUUUUUGUUAAGAAUUAGUUGCUUUUUUCUUGCAGGCUAUGAAAACAGAAGAAGAUGGGCCAAAAAUUUCUAAGAAGAAGUUAAAAAAAUUAACAAGACUUACAGUGGCUCAACUCAAACAGGUACUUUAAAAAAAAAUGUUUGGAAAAUAAUAAAAUCUUCUUAUUACGGAAAUAUGUAUAAAAAAUUAUUUGCACUUUGUCAUCAAAAAUGAUUGUUGUUAAGUUUAAAAAUCAUAAAUACAUUUUAUUUAAUUUAAUGUUAUUCUAAACUUAAUUAGUUAUUAUUAACCUGACAAAAUUGGAAACCUUGAUUUGAGUUGAGAAUAGGCAACUUUGUAUUUGUAGCUUGUAAACAGACCUGAUGUUGUAGAGAUGCAUGAUGUCACAGCUCGAGAUCCAAGGUUAUUAGUACAUCUAAAGGUAAGAAAUGUAACUUUCACUGUAAAAUUAUAAGAAUUUAAAUAAUGUCAAAGUUUUGAUGGUAGUUUCUGUUUUUCAUUGAAGAUGAACCAACAUUUUUUGUUGAAGGUUUUAUUAUAAAAAACUUUAAAAAGAAAAACAAAUGAUGUCCUGUUAAAAACACAAUUACUUUAUUCCAAUUAAUCAAAAGCAUGUUUAAUUUAUUAAUAUAAUAUAACAUUAAUAGAAGUUAUUGUUUUGUUACAUAUUCUUACUUAAUUUGCUAUUAAUGUAGGCAACAAGAAAUUCUGUCCCAGUACCACGGCAUUGGUGUUAUAAGCGCAAGUAUCUCCAGGGCAAGAGAGGUAUAGAGAAGACCCCUUUUGAAUUGCCUGACUUUAUCAAGGCUACUGGCAUUGAAGAGAUGAGGGCAGCUUUACAAGAAAAGGUAUUUUUUUGAAUUAAUCUCCCUUUUCACAGAUCAUAGAAUUUUGUGUUAAGAUAACAGACAACUGCCUAAUCCAGCAAUUGUAAUACAGCCAAUAAGCCGUUUUAUUAAAAAGCACUGAUAAUUGGUCUGCUUUAAGUAAAUAUUAUUUUGUUACUAACAAUAUUUUUCUUCUUCUGAUAUAGGAAGAUCAAAAGACACUGAAGUCAAAGAUGAGGGAAAAGGUCCGACCCAAAAUGGGAAAGAUUGAUAUCGACUACCAGAAGCUUCAUGAUGCUUUCUUCCGCUUUCAAACCAAGCCAAAGAUGACUAUACAUGGGGACUUGUAUUAUGAGGCUAAAGAAUUUGAAACAAAAUUAAGGGAGAAAAAACCUGGAAAUCUCAGUGAUGAUUUAAAAAUGGCCCUAGGAAUGCCUAUUGGAAAUGUAAGUCUCUCACUUACUGUGUUGAGUCAACUCUUAAGGUUUUGAAAUACAAAAAAAGGAACAUUUAUAAUGCUAAAUAAUGUUCAUGUCCAAGUCCCUACCCUUUUCUCUUAAUAUUAUUCCCACUGAAAUUCAUCUUUGACAAAAUUAACUAAACUUAUUUGUUGGUUACAAGAUGAUAUAGUUUAUAUACCUUUAUAUAAGCAGUCAUGUUAAGGAUUAAUUCAUAAUGUUAGAAGAGAUAGAAGGUAAAAUGUACACAAAUAAUUGAUUUUGUUAAUAAAAUGAAAUUGAAACAACUUCAGAAUGGCUCGGGUAGUUAUAACAUUUUUACUUUUACUCUCUCAUAAACUAUAUGUUUUGGAGAUAUUCAUUUUCAUUGUCUUUACCAAUGGUGUUCUUCUUUUGCUGUUAAUAAUGCAUAUGAAAUUUUUAAACUCUAGAAUUCAGAAAAAGUCCCUCCACCUUGGUUAAUUGCCAUGCAGAGGUAUGGACCUCCUCCAUCCUACCCAAACCUGAAGAUCCCAGGACUCAAUGCUCCAAUACCUGAUGUCAGUAAAUAUUUAAAUUUUAUCAAACUGUCACUGCCAAUUAGAAAACGGCACUAAAAAACUUUGUGGGACAAUUCACUGUAGAGUAGAUUACACAUUUUCGGAAACAUUGCUAGAUGACAGAGUGAUGAAUUUUGGAGAGCAGGUCAACAAACAAAUCAGAAAUCCAUGUCCAAGGAAAAUUAAUACAAUAUAUCUACACUGAUGUGUUGUGUAAACUUUUCAUUGGUUUUUGGGGGGCAUCUGAAAUUAUUAUUGUUUUCCAAUUCAGUUUAAUAACCUUUGAUGUGGAUUAGUUCAUAUUAAGUUUCAUAAAAUUGAAAUACCACAGUAUGGUAAAACACACAAUGGAAUGUGCUGAAAAAAACUGUAAAGACAUAACUUCAUAUUGACAUCAUUCACAUUUUAUUUUAUUUCCUCUCACCCCUUACUAUUUGUUUAAUUAUACCUUCCCAGACUCUUUUAAACUUAUAUAUGUCCCGGUAUUAAGAAUUUUCAAAGAUACUUAUUAUAUCACAAAAAUGUUUUCUUGGGCAAAAUCUUGACAGCAGUCUUAACUAUUGUACAAUAUAUUUGAAUGAUUAUUUAAACUGAUUUAUUGUAAAUGUUUCAGGGUUGUAUGUUUGGUUAUCAUGCUGGUGGGUGGGGAAAACCUCCAGUAGAUGAACAUGGAAAACCUCUGUAUGGUGAUGUCUUUGGAACACAAAGUGCAGAGUUCAAGGUAUGUACUAGCUUUAAAUUAAUUUUUUUAACCUCAGUAAGUGAAUCACUAGUUAUUUCUUGUUAAUACAGGUAUACCCCCUUAAAUUUUACUAUUAGUGUUUGUAAAAAUAAUUAACUCAAUUUACUUUAAUAUGAUACAGAUCAGUAAAAUUAGUUUUAAAGUGACAAAGAUUACACUUACAGUUUAAUUGCUACGUCCACACAAAAAAGAUAGAAAACCCAUGUUUAAUUAAUUAGCAGCAUGUUAAUCAAAUCAGUACACUGGGUUUUAUUUAAGUUUAAAUUCAAGUAUAUUAAUUAGCAAGCCUCAUUCAAUACUUGUUUUAGAAUUAAUUAACCCAAUUUUUAAAAUUAAAGUAACAUAUUUUUAAAAAUAAAUUCAAUAACUUGAAAUUAAAUGGGAAUAGUCAUUUCAGAUUAUGAUGCUCUCAUAUAUUUAUUGAAUAAUUAAUUUGGUUAUUUCUAUCAUAUCACCAAUGUUUUGUCACUUAACAGAAUGAAGUUGAAGAGGAGGAAAUAGACAAGACACAAUGGGGAGAGCUAGAAUCAGAGUCAGAAUCAGAAGAGGAGUCAGAAGAAGAAGAGGAGGAAGACAAGGAUGAAACUGGAUUGAUAACCCCAGCUGAAGGGUCAGUUUAUAGUUUGUUUACCAAUUCUACAUAUUUAAACUACACAUGCAAAUUUUGUCCACUGUUUCAAUGUAAUUAUUGUAAUUUUUUGUUAGUGUAGAUACCCAAACCCUUUUGUAAGUUAUUUUUAAAGGUACAUUUUUUUUACUGUAUAGCAUGUAACCAUUUGGUCAUCUUUUUAAAAAAAAAGGUUGAAAUGUAAACAGAAACACCAUAUUUUGUAUUAUGUAAGAGAAUAACUUAAUACUUCAUUUAUUGUCACAAUACUAAUACAAUAAUACCAACCUGUAGAUUCUUCUCAUUUUGCGAAACGCUACGGGGUAUUAAACAAAUAUACUUAUAAUAAAGUUUUACAGUUAGAAAGGUUAAAUUUAGAUAUUUUAAUUUCUGGAAACCUGCUCAUAUUGUUUCAGUUUAAUGACACCUGGUGGAAUUACAUCUGUACCUCUUGGCAUGGAAACACCAGAUCAAAUUGAGUUGAGGAAAAGGAGGAUAGAGGAUGCCAUGGACCAGGGAGGAGACACACCUGCACUCUAUCAGGUUUUGCCAGAAAAGAAAACAACAGUGGGAGGUGCCAUGAUGGGAUCAGCUCAUGUGUAUGAUAUAUCUGCUGUAAGUAGGGCUUAAAAUUCUGCCGUGUUCCAAAAAUACAUUAAUCCCAAAAUUUCACUUAGUUAACCAAAUAAAUUACUUUCUUAUAUCUGUCUGUGCAUCUUUAGUUGUAAAGAUACAUCAUUUAAAUAUUUUUCAUAACAGUACAUUUUUUUGAGUAGAAGGCUUUAUUCAUAAUAUCAAAGUUUAUUUUAAUUUUAUUUAUCACUUCUUUAUUAAAUUAUAUAUUUAGAACUAUUUCUUGAGAAUCUGGAAAACUCACAGGUUUAGAGCAUCUAAAUUUGUUUUACUUUGUGCCUUUGACUAAUAACUCAAUGUUUUAAAAAUAGCUGAAUAGAUAUUUUUCUUUCUUGCAGGUUCAGAAAAAACCUGGUGAGAAGGUAGCAGCUGAAGCUGUUGAAGUAUCUUUGAACCCUGAAGAGCUUGACCUUGACACUGCAGCCAUGCAGGCCAAGUAUGAGCAAACAGUACGUGAGCAGCAGUCCCAACUUGAGAAGGAAGAUCUCAGUGACAUGGUAGCUGCACAUGCAGCUAAACAGAGAGUAAGUAGAAACAUGGAAUCCUUUGGUCUUGUGUGUAUAUCACACUGCUCUAUCUUUUCAGUUACCAAUGGUUUAGGUGAAAAUAAUUUUUUUAAAUCAUCACUUUUGUAUCUUUUAACAUCUAUUAAAAUUAAUAAUACAAUUUUUCUCCUUUUUGGUGCUUUUGAAUAAUUUUUAUUAAUUUAUACAUUAUUUAUAUUUUCAGAAAAGAAAAAAGGCACAGCAAGACACAGGGAAGGGAGCUAAGAAAUACAAAGACUUCAAAUUUUAAAUUUUAUUUUUUGUUGCAUAAAAAUAAUUACAGAAAGGUUUUUAAUUUCACAUGGUUCCUUUUACUUGGGGCCAACUUAAGAAACUUUUAUUUGUAUAAAGUGCUGCAAUAAUUGGGAGAUGAAGGGGGUAAGCCUAAAAACAUUGUUGUGUUGUUCAUGUGCUCAACUCUGAGUGUGGUUGGGUGGAUUGACUGACUUAACGAGUACACUGGUACUACAUUAUCAAGUUCUGCUAUCCUAUUUUUGGCUCUGCAACAUUUUAGGAAUGUUUUUGUCUAGCAAAGGAAAAGUUGAAAUUUUAUAGUGUUCUUGUACUGUAUCAAUGAUUGUUAUUAAAUUUAUAAUUGAAAAAA